AUGAACGCGCUAUUUCGCUCGCAUGCGUCCGAUGGUAUGCGUUUCUUGGUAGUUUAUAUUGCCGAGGCACACGCACGUGAUCAAUGGCCUAUGGGUAAUAUCAUAUCAUGUGUAAAUCAACCAAUUACACUCGAACAACGCCUUGAAAAUGCUCGAGAAUGUCAGAAAUAUUGUGAAUUCGAAAUGCCCAUGCUUGUCGAUAAUAUGGACAAUACUUUUCAUCUUACAUAUGGAUCGUGGCCAUUUCGUUUCUAUGUUAUUCAAAAUGGAAAACUCAUCUUGAAAGCAGAACCAGACGAAGAAACCUUCAGUUAUCAUAUCGAUGAACUUGAUCAAUGGAUUGACAAUUUUUGUCAAUCACGUUAUCCUACAGUCUAG